CAAUUAUUGACGUACAAGAAUAUGAAAAAUUCACCAACCAAGCUCCAAACAUUUCUCGUACGCGUGUGUGGUGGUGUGGUCUUGUAGUUGUGCUUGCUGACAAGGUGCUGCCUCAUAUCUUGCAUCCAUAAAAUCAAUAUAGUGGGUUGGUUAGACAGCAAUGUUUGGUAAAGGCAGGAAGAGGAGCCAUAGGACCCGUGAUGAGGGUACUGGAGGCUUGUCCUCUGGGUCCGGCUCUAAACAGCAUGGAAAUAAAUCAGAGAAGAAGAAACGUAUUAAUGCCUUAGGAGUAGACAGCCAGCUGGAAGAGCGCAGGCUGGAAAAACUCAUAUUUGGCGAUGCAUCUGAUGUUGUUGCCAAUUUGGACACUGCGGAUGACCUUGACCUGGACUUUGAUGAGGUUCCAGAAGUUACCUCUAGUAGAAUCAGAGCUACUAAACAACCAAAUAUAUCAGCUUCGGCUCCAUCUGAGGAUGACUCCGGUGUGGAGAUGGGUGAUUCAAGCCCAUCAACAAGUGAUGAUGACAAGAAAAGAGAACCAGUAUGGAUGGAUGAAGAUGAUGAUGCUAUUCAGGUGAAGCAAGCAUUUCAAUCACAGGGAAGAAAACUUCACGAUGCUUCAGGAAGCCGGGAUUCUUACUCAGGCUUCCUGAAGGGUAAAUAUGAGGCUCUCAUGGGUACUCCGCGAUGGGCUGAGCUUGGAGCAACCUCAAUUAGAAAGUGUGACACUGAUUCAGAUGAUGAUGACGAUGUUAUGCAGCACUCUGGUCCGUUUCUUCACCAUCACCGCUCUCAAAAUCUUGGGAAAGGGCUGCUUGAAUCAAAACAUCUGAGGGAUUUGAAUGUGGAUUCUAAUGCAGAAGGUCCAAUCAUCUCUGCUACUGAGUUUCAUCCAUCUUCAACUGUAUCUCUUGUAGCUGGGUUGGGUGGGGCUGUUUCCAUUGUCCAAGUUGAUGGAAAAUCCAAUACUAAACUACAAACUGUUCAGUUUGAAAGAUUCCCCAUUAGAUGUGCACAUUUUUCCAAUGAUGGAACCCAAUUUCUUGUUGGGUCUCAACAUCAUGGCCACUUUUUUGUCUAUGAUAUGAUGGAGGGACGCUCAAUUAAAGUUCCUAUAAGUCACACAUCUGAAGUAACCAACAUGAAGAAUUUUACAAUGUCACCAGAUGGCCGCUUGAUUGCAGCACUUGGAAGAUUUGGUCAUAUUCAUCUUAUCACAGCUCAAAGCAAGGAGUGGCUUGGUAGUUUGAAAAUGAAUGGUGAUGUUAAAGCUAUUAGUUUUAACAAAGAUGGUUCACGAUUGUAUUCUCAUGGAGAUGGUGGUGAGGUUUAUGUUUGGGACAUGCAUUCUCGAAGCUGUAUUCAUCGCUUUACUGAUGAUGGAUGUAUUGUUGGAACAAGUUUAGCUGUGUCACCAAAUGGUCAAUAUCUUGCUUGUGGAUCAUCCUCUGGAGUCGUAAAUAUUUAUGAAGGGACCAGUAUUUAUUCUUCAGCAGCACCUCAACCAGUGAAAAUUGCCUUAAAUUUAGUUACUCAAAUUUCAUCUUUAAAAUUCAAUGCUACCUCAGAAGUGUUAGCCAUGGCAUCAGUUGACAAAGAAAAUGCUGUGAGACUGAUGCAUUUUCCGUCCAUGACCGUCUUUUCCAACUUUCCUCAUGUUGCUGAAAAUGUCAUGAGACCUCAGUGCCUUGACUUCUCUCCACACAGUGGCUUCUUAUCCCUAGGCAACAAUAGAGGGCGAGCUCUCCUGUACAGGUUAAAGCAUUUUGGAAACUAUUAAAGCAAAUUUAAUAUAGCUACUUUUUUAUAUACUUACCUCAUGGUUGGUCGCACCUUCGGAAGGGAUAAAUGACUGCAAAUUCAAUGUAAAAAGAUUUUUAAAACAUCUAAUUGUUUUUCUUUCCACACUUUUCUUAUCAAAUAAUAGUUAGUGUGAUUUAUGGUCAUAUGUAUUCUUGUAUGAUAUAUGACCAUAUGCGACUAAAACAUUUUUCAUGGACUGUGUUGAACUUAUCUCUGUCAACUCAAUUCCUCUUACAGCCAAAAAGUUGUAUGUUUCUUUUAUCUUACUUCGGUUAGUGGUUUUUAUGAUAAUAUCCAUUUGUGGAAUCCAAAUGUCGCUUAAAUAUUAAUACAUAUAUGAGGCUUGCAUAUGGAAUUGUUAUAGAAUUUAUACUCUGUUCACAAAUUACUAACUAUUUGCACAGAACAAUCUGCAUGCAAGCUGAAAAAAAUAUAACAAAUGCAUAAGAAGAUAUUGUGAUAUAUGUACAUGGUUUCCUUAACCUACCUACUAUUUGCUGUACCUGGCUGUGAGCUACUUUUUUUGAAAAUCGAUUAAUUGAAUAAAAUGUAAUUUCAAUCUUUUCAA